CACGUACAUGUAGAUUAUAGCAUAGGAGGAGGCUGCGUGUCAUUGUCGUCUUUCAAAAGACAAGCUGGAUCAGGAAUUCCCAUUGUAUAUAAAUUAUAGCCACGCUGCGCACUUUGGUCGAAAAUCAUUAAUACACUUGUUUUUUGACGCUCACAAUUGGUCAGGGGAGUAAAAUAGGGCCGUAGGCUAUAAUGUGGUUUAAAACGCUGUCUGUCUCAAUGUCUGUGGUUGUGAUUCCGCUCGAGUCGCAGAGCACGUUUCGCAACACUGUCCAUUGUGUCAGCAGAGUUCUGCCAGUGACAUGUCUAAAUUGGCCAACAUGAUUAACGUAGGCUGUUGUAUACUAGGCAAACGGUCAUGGAACUUUCGUGGUAUUAUGGCCUAUUAUUUGCUGCAAGAAUUGCUUUUGUGUGCCUAUAUCCACACCUGUCAGUUGUCUGUCUGUCGUGUCUUUCAAGCAUUGCUACAUCCGGGUUCCAGUGAUGGAUGGAGCACAGGUCCAAUCAGUAGCUAGGGGCUUGAUUGCUGGGGGUAACUGAAGCUGUGGUUACCAUGGCGGCACACUUUGACACAGAGUACCAGCGCCUAGAGGCUUCAUACAGCGACUCUCCACCCGGAGAGGAGAACCUACUGGUGCACAUACCUGAUGGAAACAAGUCCCCGUGGCACCACAUAGAGAACCUGGACCUGUUCUUCCAGAGGGUCUAUAACCUGCACCAGAAGAAUGGCUUCACCUGUAUGCUGCUGGGAGAGGUCUUUGAGCUGGUCCAGUUGCUGUUUGUGGUAGGAUUCACAGUCUUCUUGGCUAACUGUGUGGACUAUGACAUUCUGUUCGCUAACAAGUUUGUCAACCACACCGACUCCUCCAAAGUCACACUGCCUGACGCCUUCCUGCCUGUGGACGUCUGCGGUGCAAGUAUCCGUGACAAUGUGGCAGUGAUGUUUGUGUUGAUGAUAUCUGGAGUGUUCUGGCUGCAUCGCCUCAUCAAGUUCAUCUACAACGUCUGCUGCUACUGGGAGAUACGCUCCUUCUACACCAACGCACUCAAGAUGAGCAUGGCAGAGCUGCCAUACUUCACAUGGCAGGAGGUUCAGGCCCGGAUCGUUGAGAUCCAGAAGGAACACCAGAUCUGUAUCCACAAGAAAGAACUCACAGAACUGGACAUAUACCACCGUAUCCUGCGCUUCAAAAACUACAUGGUUGCCAUGGUAAAUAAGUCCCUCCUUCCUGUGCGUUUCCGCCCGCCACUGCUCGGGGAGAGUGUGUUUUACACCCGCGGCCUCAAGUACAACUUUGAACUCAUCUUCUUCUGGGGGCCAGGCUCUCUGUUUGAGAGUGAGUGGAGUUUGAAGCCGCAGUAUAAGAGAGGUGGUAACAGGUUGGAGCUGGCAGACAAACUGGCAUCACGUAUACUGUGGAUCGGCAUCGCCAACCUCUUACUCUGUCCUGUCGUACUGGUCUGGCAAAUACUGUAUGCCUUCUUCAGCUAUACAGAGGUGAUAAAGCGUGAGCCAGGUAGUUUGGGAGCGAGGUGUUGGUCUCUGUACGGUCGAUGUUACCUUCGCCACUUCAAUGAGCUGGACCACGAACUGAUGUCACGGCUCAGCAAGGGCUACAAAGCGUCCUCUAGGUAUAUGAACUGCUUCCUGUCCCCGUUGCUGACGGUGGUGGCUAAGAACGUGGCGUUUUUUGCUGGCUCCCUAUUGGCUGUCCUCAUUGCGCUGACCAUCUACGACGAAGACGUCCUCGCCGUGGAACACGUCCUGUCGUCCAUCACCCUGCUGGGAGUGUGUAUCACUGUCUGCAGGUCUUUUAUCCCAGACAAACACCUGGUCUACUGUCCAGAGCAGCUGCUCAGGUUGAUCCUGGCUCACAUCCACUACAUGCCAGACCACUGGCAGGGCAACGCCCAUCGCUACGAGACACGAGACCAGUUCUCACAGCUCUUCCAGUACAAGGCUGUGUUUAUCCUAGAGGAGCUGACCAGCCCCCUGGUGACUCCCUUCAUCCUGAUCUUCAGUCUGAGGAGGAAGUCUCUGGAGAUCAUUGACUUCUUCAGGAACUUCACCGUGGAGGUGGUAGGGGUGGGAGAUACCUGCUCCUUCGCUCAGAUGGACAUCAGACAGCACGGUCACCCCGCGUGGAUGUCUGAGGGGAAGACAGAGGCAUCUAUUUACCAACAGGCGGAGGAUGGGAAGACUGAGCUGUCCCUGAUGCAUUUUGCCAUCACCAACCCCCAGUGGCAGCCCCCCACCGAGACCACUCACUUCAUCAGCCAGCUGAAGGAGAGAGUACAGAGAGAGACUACAGGAGACAGACAGACUCUCACCUCACUGUCGGGGUCAGAGCCAAGGAGUCUCAUAGCUAACUUCCUGGCAGGUCCCCCCUCAUUGGCCUCUCUUCAUCUGGGGCGGGACGGCUCCUUGACCGAUCACGGGCCGGUGGGUGUUAAUGACGGAGCGUCAGCCUUGCGCUCCCUCUCAGUCAGCAGCACGAGGGGCAGCUGUAGCUCCGCCCAUAGGUCGGCCGGACACGCCUCUUCUGCAAGCAGAGCCAUGCCGGGAUCAAGUACUGAUGCUCGAACUGCUAGUUCAGGCAGUAGUGUGUGGGAAGGUCAACUGACUAGUCUCGUCCUAUCAGAAUACGCCUCCACGGAGAUGAGCAUCCACGCACUCUAUAUACAUGAGCUCCAUAAGCAGCAGUCUGGAGGGGAGUUGUCCCGGCACACCUGGCACAGGCAGGACAGUGACGACAGUAGUGACAGCGUCACUGAGGAGGGGGGUUCAGGGGGAGGGAACCCUAACCCCCGAAACCUCAUCCCCCGCUCACACACCUUCCCUAUCUCCACCCCUAUCUCCACCCCUGGCCCUAUUCCCAGCUCUAACUCGGGCCCUAACCCUGACCGAGGUACCACACCGGGGCAGGAAGUGACACCACUCCAGAGCAACAGCCAGCGUCGCUACGGGGGAAACACGGACUCUGUUGGCCCGGGGGGCAGAGUGGUGAGGUCAGCGCGUGUGCCCAUGGGGGGUUGGGCAGAGGAGGGACGUGGAGGCCGACACCCCGACACUGUACCUGAGGAGGGCUCAGAGGACGACAUGCCUCCCAACACUCACAAGGUGACGUAACUGACCAGAGAUCCCACCCUCAUCCUACCAGAGAAGAACCUUCUGCUGAUCUGUGAACUUUUGACCAUGGCUUCACCUUUGACCCCAGAUGGAUAGACCUGUGGGAUAGCAGCAUGCCAUGUUAUUCACUCUAGGCUAGAGAAAAACAAUCGAGUAACAGUGUGAAGAUGACCAGGACUUUUUCUUGACACCCUCCUUGGAUGACACUUUAGCCAAUCAAGUGACGGUGGUUGAUGACUUCAUCAUAACUGGCAGCAUGGAACCCGUAGCAUAUUUAUCGGCUUUUAUAGUUGCGUCCUAGACACUAAUCUAAGGUCAGCUUUAUGGUUUCUCUCCGUAACGGUUAAGGUUAGGAUUUAGGGAGGGUAAGCUGAUCCUAGAUCUGUGCCUAAGGGCAACUUCUAUCCAGAAAUGACUUUUUCUUCUUUCAUUCAUUUGCAAAUCAGGUGUGGGUGUAAACUGCCAGUAAUGUACCUUUUAAAAAAAAGAUUUAGUAGUUUGUCAUUUUUAAAUUCUUUGUUUUUUCUCUUUGUUGUUUAUAUUUAUUGCACUUUCAGAGAAAAAUUGGGUUCAUAUAUAUAUAUAUAAGAUUGGUCUGCUAAGAGGUGUGUGUACAAUCUACCGCCCAAUCCCCUAGGAUUCCUAGUGCCAGUGUAGGUAUACUUCGGUGGAAGUCUGCUCUCCUGUCAUAUUCCAUAUACAUACAUACACACAUAUAUAUAUAUAUAUAUAUAUAUAUACAUACAUACACAUAUAUAUGUGUAUAUAUAUAUGUAUAUAUAUAUGUGUAUGUAUGUAUAUGGAAUAUGACAGGAGAGCAGACUUCCACCGAAGUAUACCUACACUGGCACUAGGAAUCCUAGGGGAUUGGGCGGUAGAUUGUACACACACCUCUUAGCAGACCAAUCUUGUUGUACAAAGACCUCCUAGACAUGAAGCAGGCACUGAACCGAUAUACACCGUGUGCAUAGACAUACUGGUAUGAAUCAAAUCAGGACGUUGGACUGUUCUAAGUAUAUCAUCGAGGUGUAGAUGGUUAAUAAAUAGGGAUAUACAAGAAACUCAUCAUAGUUAUUGCUUUUGUGUCAUACAAACAAUAUUUUAAAUGGAAGAUAGCAAACUUACCGGGCUGGUUGUAACGUGUAACUUCAGCCUCUUCGGUGCCAUAUUUAAGCGCUUGAAGCGGCAAUCCGCAGUUGAAAUGAUACAAAGCACCCCUCACCACUGUUUCAGUAAAAGGUUGAAGGAUGAGGCUGGAGAAAUGGAACCACACUCAAAUUCAUUGACAGAGCUGUGGAUGCAAGGACUGACCAUCCAUUCCGUUUUUAACCAUGUUUUGAGACGAUACAGGGUUUUUGUUACAUUUACAAGUUUAUAUUUUGGCUUCUGAUGGGGUACGACAGUUGAACUAAGCUCAUGGGGCAUUUAUAACGAAUACUCUCCAAGAAUCAAUGGGUUUAUAUCCAAAAAUGGACAUGUCCAAAAAUUGGUAUAGUAACUGCAGAUUGCCCCUUUAAGCACAAACAUCCCAUAACUAUACAGAAAUGAACCUUCAAUCAACACUAAUAGCUGGAUAGAUUAGUUAGCAUCAGACAAGUUGCAUGUUUUUCUGCCCAACUGUCUGAGGCAGAAAGAAUGCACCUUAUUGACUUUUAUUGAAUCCAAAGGAUGCCACUUUUCAUUGUCAGUAUAUUGAUUUUGAUCAGUUCAUAUUUGCAUGACUUUAUUUCAACCGGGGCUUGUGCCACCGUCAGAGAGUUGAGGUUGAGAUGCAUGGUGAUUUACAGGUGUUUUGUUUUUGUGGUUCACACUGACUCUGGACUCACAAGUAGACUAGCCUGGUUCCAGAUCUGUUGAGGUGAUGUAUAACCAGCCCCCAUAUGGUCGACCAUGCAGCACUAACAGAUCUGGGACCAGGCUAAAGAUGACAGAUGCUUCCAAUAGAUAUAGUCAGAGACUCUACAGCUGGGUAUUCAUUUCUAGAUGGCAAAGGUCAUCAGCGCAGCUCGCUUCAUUGAUUGAUAUAUUCAUGUAAUUGAGUGGCCAGUCAGAGAGUCCAAUCUGAAUCAGACCCUGGAUGAAAAUAGAAGGCAGACGUGGAGGAAUGGAUCUGAAUAAUGUAAAGGGUCUCCUGGGACACAGUGGAACAAGUUUAACAACAAGGUAGUAGAAUGCCUGAGCUGACACAUAUAGCCUAUCAGUUUUUGUUUUUAUAGAUUGUCUUGUAAAUUCCCAUUUUGUACAGUUGUAAAUCAUCAAUAAAAAUGUAUUUAAUAACUAUGUAA